GCAACCACAAAUCGUUUUGUUGAAAGAAGGUACCGAUACCUCACAGGGCAAACCACAGUUGGUGUCUAACAUCAAUGCCUGCCAAGCUAUUGUGGAUGCUGUGCGUACCACACUGGGACCCCGUGGUAUGGACAAAUUGAUUGUCGAUGGCCAUGGCAAAGCCACUAUUUCCAAUGAUGGUGCAACCAUUAUGAAAUUAUUGGACAUCGUUCAUCCUGCCGCCAAGACUUUGGUUGAUAUUGCCAAGUCUCAAGAUGCUGAGGUUGGUGAUGGCACAACAUCUGUGGUAUUGUUAGCCGGCGAAAUCCUCAAACAGGUUAAGCCUUUCAUUGAGGAAGGUGUCCAUCCUCGUAUUGUCAUCAAAGCUAUUCGCAAGGCCUUGCAAUUGUGCAUGGAUAAAAUCAAUGAGAUGGCUGUACGCAUUGAAAAACAAUCCAAGGAGGAACAGAGGAGUUUGCUGCAUAAGUGUGCCGCUACUGCCAUGUCUUCUAAAUUGAUUCACCAGCAAAAGGAAUUCUUCUCCAAGAUGGUUGUUGAUGCCGUCCUAACUUUGGAUGAGUUAUUGCCUUUGAAUAUGAUUGGCAUCAAGAAGAUCACUGGUGGUUCUUUGGAGGAAUCUCAAUUGGUUUCUGGCGUUGCCUUUAAGAAAACCUUUUCAUAUGCCGGAUUUGAAAUGGCUCCUAAAUCCUACAAAGACUGCAAAAUCGCUUUACUCAACAUCGAAUUGGAAUUGAAGGCUGAACGUGACAAUGCUGAAAUUCGUGUCGACAACGUCAAGGAAUACCAAAAGAUUGUCGAUGCCGAAUGGCAAAUCCUCUACAACAAAUUGGCCAAAAUCCACGAAUCUGGAGCCAAUGUCGUUCUCUCGAAAUUGCCCAUUGGUGAUGUUGCCACCCAGUAUUUCGCCGAUCGUAAUAUGUUCUGUGCUGGCCGUGUACCCGAAGAAGAUCUCAAACGUACAAUGAAAUCCUGUGGUGGAGCUGUCAUGACCACAGCCAAUGAUAUUAACGCCAGUGUCUUGGGUCACUGCGAUUAUUUCGAAGAAGUUCAAAUUGGCGGUGAACGUUUCAAUGUAUUCCAAGGCUGCCCCAAUGCCAAGACAUGUACCAUUAUUCUCCGUGGUGGUGCUGAACAGUUUUUGGAAGAAACUGAACGUUCCUUGCACGAUGCCAUUAUGAUUGUUCGCCGUACAAUUAAACACGAUUCUGUUGUAGCUGGUGGUGGUGCCAUUGAAAUGGAAUUGUCGAAAAUCUUGAGAGAUUACUCGCGUACCAUUGCCGGCAAGGAACAAUUGCUGAUUGCCGCCAUUGCAAAAGGCUUGGAAGUUAUCCCACGUCAAUUGUGUGACAAUGCCGGUUUCGAUGCCACAAAUAUUUUGAACAAAUUGAGACAGAAACAUGCUCAAGGCGGCCAAUGGUAUGGUGUUGACAUUACCAAGGAAGACAUUGCCGACAACUUCCAAGAAUGUGUGUGGGAGCCUUCAAUCAUUAAGAUCAAUGCCUUGACCGCUGCUGCUGAAGCUGCCAUUAUGAUUUUGUCAGUCGAUGAAACAAUUAAGAGUCCCAGAUCUGGCGGUGAUGUUCCCAUGGCUGGAGCACCCAUGGGUCGCGGCAUGGGUAGACCCAUGUAA